UAUGAAUGACAGCAAACUUAAGCUUUUAGAAUAGCAAAACUUAGCAAUUGUCUUUGAAGUUGCAGGAUUGAGACCAGCUUAUCGAAGAGGAGGAUAACCUAUUAUAAAUUCAGAUAAAGUAGAAUAAGGUCAUCUUAAAAGUACUAUGGAAGUUCAAAAAAUAUAUUAACAACCAUUACAAAAUAAUUAAAGUAUUAAAUCUAAAUAUUUCAGGUUUCCAAGUUUAUGGUUCUUAAUAAGAAUUAAUAGAAAUCAAUUUAAUUGAAUGA